AUGUUCUACUACUUACUUAUGAAGUAUAGGAACGAACACUCCACCUCGUCUGGAGCCUCCAACUAUGUCGAUGAUGAUACCGACCUAACCGCAUCGGAAUCAAAGCAAACUCUUCCCAGGUCCACGUCCAUUGUCAAGACAACCGUGACUUCUCCAACAGGAGAACAGUAUACUACUGUCAAGAAAAUCUCUCGCUCGCCAUCGGUGGCAUCAUCUUCAUCGAGCAAGAAGAAGGCUCUCACAAAUAUUACAAACACAUCAUUUAACGCAUCCAAUGCUCACAAGAGAAAAACAUUGCUAAGCAAUACAGUGAUAUCAAAGACAGGUUCCAUGACUUCCAUCAAAAGCAAACAAAGAAGUGGGCUGGCUACUGGUACGAAAUCCAAAGUGGAUACCAAACCUAUUCUGAGAAAGUUGACUCCUGCCAACAUGUUGAGUGAACUUGCGGCAAGUGAUGACAAGGAGAACAUUACGAAGGAACAAACAGUUGUAAACUUUGAGAAAAUCUGUCAAGAAGUCUUCGGUUCUGACGCGGAUACGAAAUCCAUUUUCAAUAUGACCGUCUCUUCGAACCGUCAGUCUCUCAGUCACGAAACGUUGAAUAAGUUGAAAAUUCUAAACAAUCGUUUGAGUAAAGCUUCUCUUGCGAUGCCUACUGUUCAAGAUUUCCCAAAUGAUAAGUUCAGGAAAAUGAGCUCCGCAGAGAGAAUUGAAAAGAAAUUAGCCGACGAAGUUCAACGCAAAAAUGAUGCAAGAGAGCGCCAAAUCAGAGAAAAGGAUGCCUUAAGGGCCGAGCAAUUGGCCGAGCAAAAAAGACAAUCAAGAAUACUUCAAGAGAAACUGAGAGAAGCCUUGCUGAAGAUUCUUGACAAUCAGAAUAGAAAUGUUUCCUUACCAUCCACUAAAGUUUCAUCUUUGGAUCCAAGAUUUGGCACAAACUCCUUGUUGAGAGCCAAGUCACUUUCCGCUCGUUCUCAAACCUCCAAUGCAUGGAACGAUAAAAAUAGCAAGGUAUUACAAAAGCUCGGUAUCGAUGUCAAGAAAUCCCCUCUGCAACUGUCUGAUUUGUCUCGUUCAAGCUCAGUGGUAAAGACAUCCACUUCCAAGAAUUUGGCUGGAAUCUUGAGUGGAGAUGAUGACUUGCACGACAAAGAACUUAAUUCUGUUUCUACGUUCAGAUUUGAUGAUACAAGAUCUGUUAAUUCGUUCAAUGAUAGAGAUAGCAUGAAUUUCAGUACUAAUCCAUUGAAGAAAGAAGUCACGAACCUGUCUGUGGGAUACCGCUCAAUGCUCAAUGUGAUUGAUGAAGAUAACGCAAACAUUUCUAAAGAGUUCGCCACUAUCAAUGAAGAUAGCUUCCAAGAAGAUGACGGAAAUGAGGGUAAUAUGACUCGAAUGAGUGUUCAAACAAAACCGGGAUUGAUACCCAACCCUCGAUUCUCCCGAAUUUCAUUCAAUGGAUUGAUUAAUUCGAAGUUUGAUUCUGCAAAUUUCACAAUGAAUCUGAAUACUUUGAGCUCUGGCACUGUUGUCAAGAAAAACACAAGAAAACUGCUUGCAACAAUUCCAGGUAAUGGAGUCAUCAAGAAAAGUACCACUACGGAGCUUCCUGGUUUGGGAAUUUCUGUUCAUGAAAGCGACUCCAAGGUUCAGAGCACCUCGUCCUCGUUGGUGGAAAAUGGCCCAUCGAGAAGAUCCAGUACAAGAACUAAUAGUAAGAGGACCACCUCACUAUUGAGAGGGCGAGAGAACAUAAGCGAAAACCUGUCGUCCAGUUCCACCAUGGCAGACGACUACAACUUGUCAGAUGACUUGAUCAACAUGACUCAGGAUUUCAUCGACCAGGACCCUACAAUCAGCAGAUCUUCUAAUGUAGGAGGGUCUUUAAUCCAGAUGCACGCUGAGGCCAUUGGUGAGCUGCGCAAGGCAAGUUCUAAGAUGUCGUAUGAAUCAAAAGAGACUUUGGUUGCUGCUAAUAACGAGUCAAUCAAGUCGAUGUACAAGUCAUACGAAACCUUGUACAGCAGCAAGAAGAAAAAUCAAGAAGGUCUGACGAGCAGAGAUUCUAAAAUGCUUUUCGAUGGAAACUCUUUCAAUGCUGAAGCUUCUAAUGUGCAUAUUUUGGACACUUCAUCUCUAAUUGAGGAUUCACGUUUUUCGAAUGUGAAGAGCUACAAGUAUCAGGAUAAGAUUUCUUCAAGUGAAGAGGAGAUUGAUGUUGACACGAGCUUGGAAGUAACCAAGAAUGAUCUGUUAGUUCCACAUAGACGUGAGACCGUCAAGAGCAGCUUGCGGAGAUCAAAUGCAUCGACCCAGAUAUUCAGUUCGGUCAACCUUUCUGGAAAGCAAGUUACUGAGCAGGAUGCUCCACAAUCACCUCCUGCCAAGAGAGGAUCUGUGCAUAUUUACACCGGAUUACCAGAUAAUACUAUCGUUGAGCAUCACGUUGAGGCUGAAAAGCCUGGUCUUUUCCGGAGAAUCAGCUUGAAACCAAAGCGUGAAGCACCCAAAGCACCAAGUACUUCUGUAUGGGGCGGAUUGGAAAAGGGUCGCAAAAGGCUCUCUGGCCUUUCGACGUACCACAGCUCCAAGAAAACAAAGGAGCAAGACAAGCCGCAGACGACGAACUGGUUCAAGAAGCUCUUCAGCUCGUUCAGCAAGAGCAACAAGAAUGAGGAGAGGACUCCGGCGGACAUGAGAGCUCAGAACCGUGACGUUCAAAUAAUCGACACAAGCUUGCGUUCCACAGAUCUUAUGCGCAUCAUCAAGAACCAAUUGAAGUUGAAAGAAAUCGAAGGGUCAGUGACAAAUGUUGAGAUUGACGAGGAGUUCGCUUUGAUCAGCGGAGUUGUCCCCACACGGUUUGCAAGAGGACGUAAAUUGCAUUUCAAAAUCGAGAUCAUUGACCUUGUCACCACGUCGUCGUUACACGUUCUUAAGAUCAAGGGUUCCAGAACCGGCUUCAGAAACUUGGUCCAGGUUGUGACACACGUUGUGAAACAAGAGGAAGACGCCACAAGCGUGCGCAGGUCUACUAUCUACAAGUUCAGCGGCCGCAAGAGCUCAUGA